AUGUCUAUGUCAAUCGAGGAAUGCGCCCCUUUUCGGCCUGCAAAGCCCGCUCCCCCCACGCCCGAGAAUGUCUUUGAGCAACUCUCCAUGAAGGGUCGGCUGGUGUGCAUCACCGGCGCCUCCGACGGCAUCGGAUGGGCGGUGGCUGAAGCCAUGGCCGAGGCCGGCGCUAACCUUGCCCUGUGGUACAACACCAACGACGCCGCCCGGUCCAAGGGCGCACAGCUGGCGGCGAAACACGGCGUCACGGUCAAGGCCUACCAGGUCGAAGUGUCGGACCCGUCGCGCGUGCAGCAGGCCGUCGAGGAGGUGGCCGGGGACUUUGGCCGUCUCGACGUCUUCGUGGCCAACGCCGGCGUGGCCAUCUCCAAACCGAUCCUCGAGCAGACGGUGGAGGAGUACCGCAAGCAGAUGGCGGUCAACGUGGACGGCGUGUUCUUCUGCGCCAAGUACGCCGGCGAGGUCUUCAAGCGUCAGGGCCGGGGUAAUCUGAUCAUCACGUCCAGCAUGUCAGCCCACAUCGUCAACGUGCCGCUGGACCAGCCCGUCUACAACUCCACCAAGGCCGCCGUGACGCACCUGGGCAAGAGCCUGGCCCGCGAGUGGCGCGACUUUGCGCGCGUCAACGUCGUGAGUCCCGGCUUCAUCCACACCAAGAUGGGCGCCCCGCCGCCGAGCGCCAACGAGGCGAACCGCAUGGCCGUGCUGGGCCGCCAGGGCGAGGUCCGCGAACUCAAAGGCCUUUACCUGUAUCUGGCCAGCGACGCGUCGAGCUUCCAGACCGGAAGCGACGUCCUCAUCGACGGAGGCUACACCUUACCCUGA